UCACUCUCUCUCUCUCACGCACAUAAACGCACACAUCUCUGCCUGAAACCGAUCGAGAAGAGAACUAGAGAUCAAUUCAUACACAGAAUCUAUAUAUUCGCCAAUUCAAAUCGUGAAUCACAGUUCAAAAACUGUUUGUCUAGGGUUUUCAUCGAUCUAGGGUUUGUUAUAGAUACAGUCGGUGUGCUCUGUGUGCGAAGAUCUGGUUCGAUUGGAUUUUGCGGUCUCGUGUCUUGGCUCGAGAUCCGGGCCAAGCACAGAAGAACGGGUUCGGGAAGAAUCGCUGCAGAUUCGGUGGCUGGUUAGGGUUUCGGACCGGUCACACUCACUGUUCUCUCUCCAAGUACAGAGAGGAUUUGUGAGUGUAAAUGGCGUCAAGUGAAGGGUUUUUGACGGAAGAGCAAAGGAAGCUGUUAAAAGUAGCGACGCAGAAUGCAGAGGUGUUAUCAUCGUCACCGAAAUCAACGACCCCAAAGUCCCCCUCUUCUCUGUUUUCUGAACAUCAUAUAAAGGCUCCGGCAGGUGGGAAGGCACCGAACGCUGGGAUUGCUGUGAGGCAUGUCCGCCGCUCGCACUCGGGAAAGUAUAUUCGAGUGAAAAAGGAUGGUGCUGGUGGCAAGGGUACCUGGGGUAAACUGCUUGACACUGAUGGUGAAUCUCGUAUUGAUCGAAAUGAUCCCAACUAUGACAGUGGCGAGGAACCAUAUCAGCUUGUUGGAUCGACUGUCUGUGAUCCGUUGGAUGAAUACAAGAAAGCUGUGGUUUCCAUUAUAGAGGAGUACUUCAGCAAUGGUGAUGUGGAAUUGGCGGCAUCUGACCUCAAAGAACAAGGGUCAAGUGAAUAUCAUCCCUAUUUCAUUAAGAGGCUUGUCUCCAUGGCCAUGGACAGGCAUGACAAGGAGAAGGAAAUGGCUUCAGUUCUGCUUUCAGCUCUCUAUGUUGAUGUCAUCAGCUCAACCCAGAUUAGUCAGGGUUUUGUCAUGCUUCUAGAGUCUGCUGAUGACCUUGCAGUGGACAUACUGGAUGCUGUGGACAUCCUUGCUUUAUUCAUUGCUCGUGCUGUGGUCGAUGACAUCCUCCCCCCAGCUUUCAUCACCAGGGCAAAGAAAACCCUUCCAGAAUCUAUGAAGGGAUUUCAGAUUCUCCUAACUGCUGAGAAAAGCUAUCUCUCAGCUCCACACCAUGCAGAACUUGUGGAGCGACGAUGGGGCGGUAGCACCCACAUCACUGUUGAUGAAGUGAAGAAAAAGAUUGCAGAUCUUUUGAGGGAGUAUGUAGAGAGUGGAGACACUUCAGAGGCCUGUCGGUGCAUUAGGCAGCUGGGGGUUUCAUUCUUUCAUCAUGAAGUUGUAAAAAGGGCUUUGGUUCUAGCCAUGGAGAUUCGUACGGCAGAACCUCUGAUUCUGAAGCUAUUAAAGGAGGCAGCAGAAGAGGGACUGAUAAGCUCCAGCCAAAUGGUGAAGGGAUUUGCUCGAUUAGCUGAGAGCCUUCAUGACCUUGCUCUUGAUAUUCCGUCUGCCACAACCUUGUUCCAGUCUCUGGUUCCUCAGGCAAUAUCUGAAGGCUGGCUUGAUGCAUCACUUUUGAAAUCCUUGGGCGAAGAUGGAGAGGUUCAAGAUAAGGACAAUGAAAAGGUGAAACGAUACAAGGAAGAGGUUGUCACAAUAAUUCAUGAAUACUUUCUGUCAGAUGACAUUCCUGAACUCAUUCGUAGUCUUGAAGAUCUUGGAGCACCCGAGUAUAACCCCAUUUUCUUGAAGAAGCUGAUCACCCUGGCCAUGGACAGGAAGAACAGAGAGAAAGAAAUGGCUUCUGUUCUGCUAUCUGCACUUCAUAUCGAGAUAUUUUCAACUGAAGAUAUUGUCAAUGGUUUUGUGAUGCUUCUGGAAUCUGCAGAAGACACAGCACUUGAUAUUCUGGAUGCUUCAAAUGAACUAGCUCUUUUUCUGGCUAGGGCUGUCAUUGAUGAUGUCUUGGCUCCGUUGUAUCUUGAAGAAAUUGGCAGCAGGUUGGCUCCAAAUUGCAGUGGGAGUGAGACAGUGCAUAUGGCUCGGUCACUUAUAGCUGCCCGGCAUGCUGGUGAGAGGAUCCUGAGGUGCUGGGGAGGUGGGACAGGUUGGGCUGUCGAGGAUGCAAAGGAUAAGAUACUGAAGCUCCUCGAGGAAUAUGAAAGUGGAGGCGUAGUCAAUGAAGCUUGCCAAUGUAUACGUGACAUCGGAAUGCCUUUCUUCAAUCACGAGGUGGUGAAGAAGGCUUUGGUUAUGGCAAUGGAGAAGAAGAACGAUAGGAUGCUGGAUCUGUUGCAGGAGUGCUUCAAUGAAGGGAUUAUCACUAUAAAUCAGAUGACCAAAGGCUUUGCCAGAAUCAAGGAUGGGCUUGAUGAUCUUGCUCUUGACAUUCCUAAUGCAGAGGAGAAGUUCAAAUUUUACGUGGAGCAUGCCAAGAAGAAAGGCUGGCUUCUACCCACUUUUGGCUCACCUGCUGCAGAUGCUCCCCCGACUUGAGAAAAACAUAUAUUUCAGUUUGUUUCUCUCAUGUAUGAUGUUACCCAUUUUGUACUGCGUAAUUUGUUUUUAACGUGCUUCAGAAGUGCAUAGACAUGGGGAUGUUCAGUUGCCCUUCUGAUGCAUUCUUUUAUAAUUUUCACCCCCCUCUGUUACCUGACGGAGUUUGUUAAUGUAUAAAGUAGGUCUUUCGUCCUUUUUAACAUGGCCCUUAGGCCGGUGCUGCAUUUUGAAGGCAAAGGGUUCUGAAUUCUGAUACAAUGUUGCUGUUUUGUUGUUAGCCUGGUUGUUCACUUAAUGGGGAAGCUGGUUUUAGAUUAUUAUGACAUAAAAAGUCCACUCUAAAUUAUGUGUUCUGGUGCAUUGCAACUUGAAAACCUCCUUUCUCAACAUUGGUUCUGUUGGACUUUUCAGCUGCGACCGUAUGAAUGUUGUGAACCACUCGUAUGUUCCGACGUUUCUGCACCCAAUGUAAGAUUGUUAUCUCCUUUUGAUCUCUCGUAGUGAGUGUACACGGAUGUAUAAUGCGAUGUUGCCGAGUGACACUUCAACAUGUAAAAGCUAAAUUCAACGAGAGAAU